AUCUCUCCGUUCAUCCUCAACACAGUGAUGACCAUAACAGCCGCUAUGACGGCGAAGCAGCAUGAUGAGCAGAGUUUGGAUCUGCAGACGGAUGUCAGUGACCUCUGGUCGGUCAUGAACAUCUACAGCUGUAACUACUGGUUCCUGGGAGUUGACCAGGCCACUGAGGUCACAGAGAGCUUCAGAGAGCAGGACGGGCACAACGAGGGUGAGAGCUUCACCGCAGAGGUCAAGGUGGUCCAGGUGACUCUGGAGUCCGGUUUGGGUCAUCGGACCGUCCCUCUGCUGCUGGCCGAGUCCUCCUUCAGCGGAUCAGCCAAAAAUUGGUCAUCUCUGCUGCAGCUGAGAGCCGACAUGACGCUGGAGGUGAACUACUUCAAUGAGAUCCAGGCAGUGUGGGAGCCUUUGAUCGAACGAGUCGACAGUGGCAGACGCAGGUGGAACCUGGAGCUCGAGAUGAAGAACAACCCAGUCCAGGACAAGAGUCCAGUUCACGGAGAUGACUUCGUGAUCCUACCUGAACCUCGAACAGCCGUCAACAUCUGCUCCAAAGACACCAUGAACAUCACCGUCUCCCAUUGUAGCCUCAACGUGUUGAACAACCUCGCCAAG